ACAUCGAUGAAAGGAUAAGAAUGCAAAAGACUGCGUUAAGAUGACUUAAGUGGUAUGUUCGGUUGUCUGCAUGCAGUCUUUUCUUUAAAGUCCAGUGCAGAAAUAUUGGAUUGAAGCUGUAUCGCCAUAGGUCUGGAGAAAAGAAUGAAGAGUGUGAAAGGAAAGUUUUUGAAGAAGCUGAAAUCAAUCAAACCAGUUGGUUACCUAAAGCCAGAUCGAGUUCUUCAAGUAUUUGCAAUUGAUGGGUUCAUUGAUUCUUGUCCCAAGACCCCAAAUCUCAAUGAACAACCCAAGUUGUUCAGCAAGGAAUCAGAGCAAGACAAGAUUAAAGAGAGCUGUGUGACAGUUGAACAACAUCCCGAAGUCAUUGAUGUAGCAGAGCUAAUGAAAGAUCUUGAAGACGACGAUGAAGAAAUGGAUUGGGUUGAUGGGGUUGAUGACAAAGAGAAUAUUAGGCCGACAAUGAAGGCAAAUAUUGAUGUAGUUGUUGAGCAAGAGAAUGUGAAUUAUCCCGUGAAACAUGAGACAGCGAAUCGUAGGCAGAGCACCCCAUUAUCGGAGAUUGAUGUCUCCUCCUUUCGGAAGCCGGAUUUGAACUCUUGUACUCUCUUCGACCCUAACCUACUGGCUGCCUUUGAACAAGCUGUGAAGGAGCAUAUCAAGAUGAGUGAAGAAGAGAGAAAAGCAAGAAUUGAGCAAGAGAAUCUUGAAAAGAGCGAAAACGAGCCCCCACAUAAGACUCGCCGCAUAGAUGAUGACCUUGCUGAUGUUGUUGUUGAUGAUGAUGAUGAUAAUGAGGGUGAUCCUCUUUUAGGCUUUGAAGAGAAGUGUCCUCCUGGAGGUGAUGGAUCAGUCAUCCUUUACACGACGACUCUCAAAGGAAUAAGAAAGACUUUCGAGGGUUGUAACAGCGUCAGGUUUCUAUUGGAGAGUUUCAGGGUCAUUUUCUACGAAAGAGACAUAUCGAUGCAUACAGAGUACAAGGAAGAGUUGUGGAGGAUUUUGGAUGGCAAAGUAAUGCCUCCAAGGCUUUUCAUAAAAGGGAGAUACAUUGGUGGAGCAGAAGAGGUUCUCACUUUGCAUGAGCAAGGGAAGCUUAAGCUGCUCUUUCAAGGCAUUCCUACUGAUACAUCCAAUGCCCCCUGUGAAGGCUGUGCCGGCGUUAGGUUUGUACUUUGUUUCAAAUGCAACGGCAGUCACAGGAUCAUUACCGAUGAUGGGUUGUCCAGCAAAUGCCUGCAGUGCAAUGAGAAUGGCUUGAUUAUUUGCCCCAUUUGCUGCUGAAUAUGGCUGUCACUCUCCUUUGCUAUGUCUUCUCUUGAUUCUACUGUAUUCUUUUUGGGUGUUAUCAUAGACAUUUGUCCAAAUCCUUGGUAUUCUUUUUAUGAACAGAAGAUGGAAAUUGCCAGAUACUAAUGUAAAAUUGAUAAAUAUACUGAAUUAAUGUAUCAUGCUUUUGGAGCUUUCCAAGCUUCCUCUAUGUUUUGUUGGGAAUAUAACAGAUACAAUUCCACUUCCAACAACACAUUUUGGGAUUCAAUAGUUUAACAUUGCUUUUGGCAGCUUCUUCAUUUGCUCCCAGUUGAUCCUUGUACCUAUUCAGAUUCAGGCAUGCUUUGGGGAGGUAAUUUUUCGAGAAGAUCCUGCAAAAUAUACAACUCCAGGAUGACAGCAGUUGGAACUUUGGGUUACUUCCCUUCCUGGCAGAGAGUUGAAAUUUCUUACUAAUAAGGUAAAAACAGGCAUCUUUCUCCACCUGUAUUACAAGUGUGC